CCAUGAGAAGUAAGUGUGUCGUCUCUAAAGUGCCAUAAUAGUUGGUAAACUUUUUUUCUACAAUACCCUCUUCUCAUGCUAUGUCUCUCUUCCCAUCCUUUUCUUCGUAGUACCAAUUGACAAAGCUUAUAUACUAGCCGAUCAUAGCCAUAGGGAACACUUUGAGAGAAAAAAGAGAGUGAAGUAACCAUCGAUCACCAAAUCUAGAAAACUGACACAAUAACCAUGGCAACAACAAUUAAUAAUUCAUGGCUUGUAUUCUCCGUUACGUUGCUCUCCCUCCUUAUCCUCCUUACGUUCUUCGCACAUAACCGAAACGACAUCACUCUCCUUUUACCAGCUGCCAUCAACCUUUUACCAUCCGCAGAAGAUCUCAAAACUCUUGACGCCACAAAGGAACAACAACAUAGUACUGUACCGUUUAUGCCAUCCUUGCAAGAUGUUAAUGUUACCAUCGAUAAAACAAAACCCCAUAAAGAAGUCGUCGCUAACCUCGUCCAAGGGGAAAAGAGGAAUAGGAAUAGCAGUUUAGUGAGAAUUGAAGAAGACUUGGCUGAAGCAAGAGUAGCUAUUCGCAGAGCGAUACUAAAGAGAAACUUCACAUCAGAUAAGAAAGAGAUCUUUGUCCCCAGAGGAUGCGUUUACAGAAACGCUUAUGCUUUUCAUCAAAGUCACAUAGAGAUGUUGAAGAGAUUCAAGGUGUGGACUUACAAAGAAGGUGAGCUACCCUUAGCGCAUGAAGGGCCCAUGAGUUCAAUUUAUGGAAUCGAGGGACACUUAAUAGCCCAAAUAGACAAUAGAACAGGCCCAUUCUCGGCCCGCUAUCCAGAUGAGGCCCAUGUCUUCAUGCUACCCAUAAGUGUGACCCAAAUCGUGCGAUACGUAUACAAUCCUCUCACCACCUACUCUCGUGAUCAAUUGAUGCGGAUCACCGUUGAUUAUACCAACAUCAUAGCCCACAGGUACCCAUACUGGAACAGGACCAAAGGAGCAGAUCAUUUCCUACCCUCUUGUCAUGACUGGGCACCAGAUAUCUCGAGAGAGGAAUCAGGCAGGGAGCUUUUCAAGAACAUAAUAAGAGUGUUAUGUAAUGCCAACACGUCAGAAGGAUUUAAGCCUGAAAAAGAUGUGCCAAUGCCUGAAAUGAACUUGCAAGGUUUUAAGUUGAGCUCACCAAUUCCUGGCUUUGACCUCAAUAAUCGUUCUAUACUUGCUUUCUUCGCUGGUGGGGCUCAUGGUAGGAUUAGGAAGAUACUACUAGAACAUUGGAAAGACAAAGAUGAAGAAGUUCAAGUGCAUGAAUAUCUUCCCAAAGGUGUUGACUAUCAGGGCCUCAUGGGACAAAGCAAGUUUUGUUUGUGCCCAAGUGGCUAUGAAGUGGCAAGUCCUCGAAUUGUGGAGUCUAUCAAUAUAGGAUGUGUUCCUGUCAUUGUUUCAGAUUACUAUCAACUUCCCUUUAGUGAUGUUCUUGAUUGGAGUAAAUUUUCCUUGCAUAUUCCAUCAAGAAGGAUAGCUGAAAUCAAGACAAUUCUGAAAAAUGUUCCACAUGCUAAGUACUUGAAACUACAGAAGAGAGUGAUGAAAGUUCAAAGACAUUUUGAGUUGAAUCGACCGGCCAAGCCGUUUGAUGUGUUUCAUAUGAUUCUUCAUUCGAUAUGGCUUAGACGGCUCAAUAUCAGGCUACACCAUUAAUAUUUGAUCAUUCAUCUCUGUGUACAAAAUUUAAUGAAAUGUGCAUGAUUGCAUUGUAAAAACUACAAAGUAUAUUGACCUCGCAGUAAGUUUUAGCACAUAUUUGUCUUUGUCCAA